GCUGCGAUGCGCACCACGACUCGCUCCGUUGACGCUUCGGAGACCAGGUGACCGGACAAGGAACUCAGGGUUACCAUGCUGGCUCGCGCGACGUCGCUCGGUCUCGUGACCGCCCUUUGGAUGCUCGGAAGCUGCGCGACCGCUGGAGAUGCGCUCGCCCUGCAGAACAAGCUCCAACACGCUCCUGAAAUGUUGGACAGCGUUCAUGGGUCUCUGAGCCCUACACACAGCGAUGGCGUCAUCCCUACGAGCGAAAGUGUUUUCCAUCGUCAAGAAGUCAUCGACAAGUUUGUGGAUAAGCUUCGCCACUCGUUCGACGGGCCUUAUGAUUUGGAGAAAUCCGAGGUCUGCGCCACACCUAGUUCAGGCAGUGGACGCUGCGUCACUCUGAGACUAUGCAUGUUUCCGAAUGUGACCGAAAACCUAGCGACUUUCUUAAAGUAUGCGUGUGCUGUGGAUGGUUACCUCAUGGGGGUGUGUUGCCCAGAACCGUACGUAAAUGGGAGUCGGUCGAACGCUUUUCCCAGCCCGGUCAUCGAAACCAAAGACAGCGACGAGGAUACGGUCGGAGAACAAGAAAGGAAUCAGAAGCCUCAGGAGAGGGCGCUGGUAAGGCGGGAGAGGCAGGUGAAGUCCCCUCCGAGCAGUCACGUCAACGACGGCUGCAUGGUGAUAGUGCACCAGGUGGGGGCAGAUUCCCAUUCCCUGACCAAGAGGACCACGGCUAGACCGAUGCCGCCGGACCUGGUCAGCCUCAGUGCAACUUGCGGUACACCUAACCUGAACAAGAGAAUCGUCGGCGGAGAAAACGCCAACCCAGACCAGUGGACAUGGAUGGCUGCCUUGCUUAGGAGGGAAACAGGCACACAUUACUGCGGAGGGGUCCUCAUCAGCAACAGAUACGUCAUCACUGCAGCACACUGCACGGUUGGACUGAAGGCGAGCAACAUCACGAUCCGGCUUGGCGCUUACAACAUCCGCGAGUCGGAGCCCAACGCCUUGGACAUCGAGGUAUCUCGGAUCCGGCAGCACCCCCGCUUCAUGCAGGACACCUUCAUGAACGACAUCUCAGUGCUCAGGCUCAAGCACUCGGUCAAGUUCAACGAGCACAUCCGUCCCGUGUGCCUUCCCAUGCGCCGAACGGACACCUUCUUCAAGAAGCAGGCCACCGUGCUCGGAUGGGGCACGCGGGCAUUCGGAGGCCCUUACAGCGCAAUUCUUCAACAAGUGAAGCUCAGAGUCUGGAAUAACAGCGAAUGCGACACAAAGUUUGUGCAGCCAAUAACCAAGGCCUUCCUCUGUGCCGGGCCACUGAAAGAGAAGGGCGACUCCUGCCAGGGCGAUUCCGGCGGUCCUCUCAUGGUUCAAGACAAGAACACCAAGCAGUGGACGUUGAUCGGCAUCGUGUCCUGGGGCAUCAAGUGCGGAGAACCGGGCAUUCCCGGAAUUUACACCCGAGUCACCGAAUACCUUGAUUUCAUCUACGAACACGCCGUUUCCAACUGAGAUCCCGACGUCCCUCCGAGGUCAACUCAGUCAUCAGAGCGAACCGUGACACGUGCCAUAUUUAUAAACGUGUGUUCAAAACGUCGCUCGGCGGCAACGGCAACGUCGUCGUCAGCCGGCAAAACUUUUUUCUGCACAUCCUUUACAUCCAGGUUUUUUUUUUUUUUUUACUCGACAUUAAAAUAACUGAAACAUAA